AUGGCAAUCACAGGUUCUACAAAUCAAACCACUGUGACUGAGUUCAUCCUUGUUGGAUUCAUGGACUACCCAGAACUUCAGAUCCCUCUCUUCAUCUUUUUUCUGCUCAUCUAUCUCAUCACACUGGUGGGAAACAUUGGGAUAAUCAUUCUAACCAAAACUGAUGCUAGGCUUCACACACCCAUGUACUUUUUUCUUAGAAAUCUCUCCACUGUAGAUCUUGGUCUUUCUACCACCAUUGCCCCAAAAUUGUUGACAACUUUGGUGAUUGAACAUUCAACCAUUUCCUUCACAGGAUGCACCACACAGUUCUUCUUUUUUGCCAGUUUUGUCACCACUGAAGCUUGCCUUCUGGCUGUGAUGGCGUAUGAUCGGUUCAUAGCAAUCUGCAAUCCAUUGCUGUAUUUUGUUAUCAUGUCAAAGAAAUGUUGCAUCCUCUUAGUCAUAGCUACCUAUGUUUGUGGCUUGGUAAAUUCAACAAUGCACACCAUAGUUAUUUUUAGCUUGAAUUUCUGCAACCCAAAUACUAUUAAUCAUUUUUUCUGUGAUGUUCCUCCACUUCUUCCAUUGUCCUGUUCAGAUACCCACAUUGCUCACUUUGUGAAUUUAAUUUUAUCCACUGCAUUUGGAGGGACAACCUUUCUGGCUGUUUUGAUCUCCUACAUUGCCAUCGUUAUUGCCAUCCUGAAGAUCAGCUCUGCCCAGGGAAGAUACAAAGCCUUCUCCACCUGUGCCUCCCAUCUCACCACUGUAACCAUUUUCUUUGGAACCAUCAUCUUCAUGUACAUACGACCUGGCUCCAAUUUCUCAUUGGAUAAAGACAAAAUCAUAUCCGUCUUUUAUACUGUUGUCAUCUCCUCACUUAAUCCACUCAUCUACAGUCUGCGGAACAGGGAGGUGAAGGAUGCCAUUAGCAGAAUGCUAAACAAGAUAAUAUUCCUCAAAUAAAAAUGGUAUAAAUGUUACUUCCUUCAUGUUAAAAAAAGAAAGCCAUAGUUGCAUUUCUCUAUGGAAAAUUCCAUUGACUGCUUGAUAGUAUUUUGAGCAGUUGAGAAAAGAGCUGAAAUUGCAUAUAUGGCACUCAAAAUAUAUAUAAACCCAGCAGGGCUUGGAUCACAAUAACUCAUCUGCCAUCUUGCAGAUUCUAAUCCACAACCUCACACACACAGGUUAAUAUUUACAGGUGCUAUCAUAGACAACAAUGUUAGCUAUGUUCAUCUAUAUGAAGCAAUAUCUUUAAACUAGCCAAUCAUAGUCUCAUAACAACAUGCAAGUUUUUGAUAUUUCCAGAACUGUUGAUCGAAAUGAAUGCUACCAAAAGCAGAACAACAAACACAGUUCAAAAAUUAAGCCAGGAUUGUGAUGAUAAGGGCUGCAGCUUCAAUCAUUUCUAUGUGAAGAUUGCAGGCAAACUUAUAUUAUGUAUGUUCCUUCCCUUCUUGUCGCAAAAAGAGUGACUAUAUCUUUGAUAUAAAUCUGUUAUAUUCCUGAUAUACUUUUAUUAUAUCAGGAAUAUUUAAUAAAAUAUAUAAUUUUAAUAUCAUUGACUUUAUAUCACCAAUUUCAAGAGUAUAAUGUUGACCUUUGUUAUGUGUCUGAUUAUACUGCAAUUAUUUGAAGUUGUGUGUUUCAGCAACAGGUUAAGAUAUCAUGAAACGGUAAACACCCUCCAAAAAUGACAUCAUGAGUGGCUGGGAGGUUUUUUUGCCUUGCCGAAAAAAAAGUUGAUUUUACCACCAAAACCAGCUCUUUGGUGGCAAAGUGUCCCUACAUGGAACUGGAGCAACUAGGAAUGCCCUAAAUGACCUUGGACAAUGGCUUACUUACCAAUGAAGAAGACUCUUGAUAAUUGCAAUUCACUGUAAGAAUGACCCGAGAGCUGGAUCUCCAUCUCUUCCUAUCAGCUGUUCGGGUUUUUAAGCUCGCAUUUAAACAUUUUUUUAAUUUGUUUUCUUUUGUUUAACAUUUUAAAUGUUAAACAUCUGGUUGAAUGCUGAACUAUCCUUACCCCCUUGCUGGAUUAUAAACGUGAAGUUUUUACUCUUUACUACUGCUUUCUUUUUCAGGAAUAACAAAACACUUUUACUGCAUGGAAGUCAAUACAUGAAGAUUUUUUUAGGUACUGAAAGUGAUCUGAUUUACAUUGGAUUCUUAUAAUAAGGAAUUUGUUUUACCAUUUUUUAUAACAACUUUGCUAUUUUACCAUGUUUUAUUUCUGAAUAUUUCUUUGGACCUUUUUUUUCUUAAAGAGACAGAAACCUUCCCUUUUCCUUCUUCUAUUUAUUCUCUACACUGGGAAAAACUAUCCCAAGCCUUCCUAUGGUUAGCAGAUUGAAGAACAGACUGUCCCUGUGAGGAAUUAUCUAUGUUUUGGGGUUACAUUAAAAGUGGAAACAACAAAAGCUUUCUUGGAAGCCUUUGAAGGAAGACUACUUCUUAACAUAAGCUCUUUUUGAAAAUUUAGAUAAUGUUCAAUAAAGCAACAACAAUCAUAAAUCACCCAAAGAUGGAUAUUCAGAUACAGGCAACAACAGAACUAGAUUUGCAAUAAAAUGGAUUGGAAAUUAAUCCAUUGUUGAUAGACUUGGAGGAGAAAGAACUUUCUUGGAAAAUUAUAAAUUUGGUAGAUAAGGCAGAAAGGGCUACGAAUCCAAGAGAUCCAGAGAUAGCAGAAUGGAUCUGUGAUGAAUUGGACUCUCUUAAGAAAACUCAUGGUCUAUUUGAAAAACAAAUGCUGUGGAGCUAUCUACAACAGUGAUUAAUGACUUUGGGGAAUGAAAUGCUAUUAUAUGGAAAGAUUCUGGUAAUAAUUUUAAGGAGAAGUUUGAUUACUAAGAAUCAGUGAAGGGUAUUUGAUCCUAGAUGGACCAGAGACAAUGACUGUAGUAAAUAAGCUAAAACUGAAGCCAUUGCAGACUUUCUGAGAAUUAAAUACAAUAAUAGAUUGUUAAUAGAAAGGUUGAAGCUAGUUUUUGCAGUUGGGCUUACCUUUUAACAGCUUUCUUUUUUACAAUAGAUAAAUGGUUGUUCAAAUUGCUUUGCAAAAUUGAAUUGAAGAAGCUUAUAUAUUGUAGAUCUGUUUUGUAAGGAGGGAUAACUACUAUCUUUAAAUAUAUUUACCAGUAUUCAGCUAGAGGGGACCAUAUUUAUUUAUUUAUUUGUCUUGUUUGAUUUUGUUCUUCUUUGCUUUUUUAGACAUUGUAUUUUAACUUUUGCAUAUAAUAUUUUUUUUAUUUAAAUUGAUAUCAAAAAAUUGGUAUUUUAAUGUCUCUCUACUCAAUGAUAAAAAAUUUGCACAACAAAUACAGCUAGAGACUUCACAAUAUAGACUUCCCAAAAUUUGAAAUGGACACCUAACAUUAGAAACAUCAUUUAAAAGGCACAACAAAGAAUGUUCUUCCUGCGCCAACUCAGAAAACUCAGACUGCCCAAGG